UAGCAGCGCGGGUGGGCGGGACUGGACGAAGCCACCUCCCCCGGCGACGGUAUGGCCACAGCCAUGGCGGACCCCGAGCAGAGAGUGAAGUGUACCGAGAUGGGCGAGACGCUGUCGCUGUCGUUGUCGUCUUUGGCGAGAACGUCGCUCUUUCUUUUGCUCCUGGCCUUGCCGCUUCGGGGCCAGCUUCUAGACGAUGCUGUACCUAAUACAGAAAUACCUCAGAACUUUAAGUCAAUUCAUAAAGAUGAAAAAGAGAAUUUAUCCUCAAUUAUGUCUGCAACCAAUGAGAACAGUCUGAGGAAUAAAACAAAUGAAGAUAUGAUCUCAACUUCUUUGAAAGUCGAUGCUUCUGUUGUACAUGCACCCACUCUAGCAGAAAAUAAAGUAGUCCAACCUCCUGUGUCACCUUUAGAAACUGUUAGCAUUAAUCAACAAAAUAUUGAUGUUUCAGAAGAUGCAGAUAGUAAAGAAUAUGACAUGACGGACAGAAAUAUAUUUACUAGUUCCUUACCAACAGCAAAAGAACCUAAAGAUUAUGUCAUCUAUGAUCUAGCUUCUAACUCUCAGAAUAAUCAAGAUGACCAAGACGUACCAGAAUUUGCAGAAGAUUCAAGUAUGAGGAACUUCGAGAAUAAGAAGUCAUUUGCUCAUAACAUGAAGGACAUAAGAGUCUCGGGAUUGGAAGAUGACAGCCAUUUCUUUUUCCACCUUGUUAUUUUUGCCUUUUUGGUUGCUGUAGUUUAUAUCACAUAUCAUAAUAAAAGAAAGAUAAUUUUGUUGGUUCAGAAUAGAAGAUGGCGAGAUGGCUUGUGUUCCAGAACAGUUGGAUAUCAACGUUUAGAUCAAAAUGUGAAUGAGGCUAUGCCUUCCUUAAAAAUUACCAAUGAAUAUAUUUUUUAAAAGUAGCAUGACCCAAAUUUGCAGAAUUAGGACUUUUCAUUGCCUCUCAAAAUAUAAUAUGAAUGAUUGCCAUAAGCAGUGAUGUGUGUGCUCUCUUUUACUUUGAAGGUUUUGCCUUAUAUGAGGGUAUGCAAAGUAAAUGUUUAUUUUGGUGAAAGUUGGACUUCAUUAUUUUUGUACAUAUAGCUUAUUGUUUAUUAGUUGAUUUAUUUUUCAUUCAUUAUCUGCCUGGAGCAGUUAAUAGUCCUAGCUACAACUUUUCCAGUUGAUCAAUAUUCAGCAUAUUAAAGAAUGUACCAGAUUUCCUAUUUGGAUAAUUGACCUUGUUUCUCUCUUAAUUCAAACUUCUUAAUACUACAUAGAGUGUAUUCAUAUAAUUCUAGCCAAAUGAUUUCUUAAAAGAUCAUGCUAAUAUUUCUUCUCUGGAACAUUUACAUGAAGACAUAUUUUAAAAGAAUAUGAUUUCUUUUUCGCAAAUUUCCUAUUCAUUGAUCUUACACAAUUUAGAAAUAGGAUGUCUGAUGAUUCUGAUCUAGUUUUUCUUAGCAAGAAAAAUUCUAUGUAACAGAAGAAGGCACCAUUCAGAAUGAAGACAAUUUUUUUCUGGCUAGAAAGUACCAAAAAUGGUUUACUUGUUUGCUUUUACCAUGUUAAAUAAGGUUUCUGAAGGCAUAUCUUUGUAGUAGGUAAAUCUGAACGUUGAAGUGAGGUAAAUCUGAAAAACAAAGAUUGCAUCCAACGGUGUCAUUCUGCCAACAAGUGCAAGAUGAACAUAGAUGGCAGAACAGAUUCCUUUUUCCUCUUUAUUCCCUCUCUAUGCCUCCCCUAAAUUCUGGAGAAAAUUUAACAUAGUGCAAGGUACGGAUAUAAAAAGAAUGGAAAAUUCCACUGUAUUAGUUGACUAUUAUGGAUGUUGAUUUGAAUAAUUUAAAUUGCUUAGGUAUAAAUGCAGCAUAGUAAUUAGUUGCAUGUAGUAAACAAACACCAGGAUUUGAAGCCGGGAUUUGAUACCCAUCUUUGGAGAAUACUGCACUAUGUUCUUUAACUUUGAACAUUUCUUCUACUUGAAAUGAAUGACAAAUUAUGAUUGCAAAUUUUUGAAUGCAUAUUUUGCUAUUUAUAUUGAUUGACAUAAAUUAUAAAAUAUUUGUUAGCAGUUUUACUUACUGUAAAAAUACUGUUUGUGAACUGUAACUACUAUAGGGCUGAAAAACAUGUAAAUACUAAUGACCUUAUUUUCAAGUGAUGCAAUGUUAUGAAAACUUUUAAACUCUGGACUGAGAAAAUUUGCAGUGAGCAUGGUAUUCUUUCUGUUAGUAAAUUAAGCAACAAAGCUUUUUAAUUAGUAUUUUUAAAUGUGAAUAAGUGAAAUACAUAUAGGACUGUUUUCUUUCAGAAUUCUUACGAGCUGAUUUUUAAUAUAAUCUUUCAGAUAAACCCUAUAAUGUAACUAGCUUGAUUUGUAUACCUUUGCAAAAAUACUUUUUUGAUUAUUACAUGCACAGAACAUUUAACAGUACAGUUUCAAACAGGUGAAGGCCAGCUGUUCAUGUUACAUUUUUAUUUUUGAAAUAUGAGGCUUAUUUUGUCCCAGAGUUCACUGGAGAUUAAAAAAUUAUUCCUUCUUCAAUGGAAUUUGGUGAAAUUUUCAAGCGUAGUACCAUUUCUGGAGGAUAAAACUGGCAAAUUACAGAAUAACAUUUGGAAGACUUUUAUGUGAAAGCCACUUCAAUUUGAAGGAAUACUUUAAAAGGUUUGAUAAUUUUUAGGAGAAAUAAGUUUGUGUGUAUACAUAAAUAGCUACCAUGUAGAGACAUGAGUCAAUUUCAAGAUCAUACAAAGUUAUAUCAUUGUUUUUUUUACUAGUGAGGAAACCGUAGCUCUGUGUAAAUGACAUGGAUUAAUGUAUUAUUUGGCAUUAAUUAUUCCUUAGAUAUGGAUCUGAUGGCAACAAAAUCCUUGCUUAUAUUUUUAGAUAAGUCUUUAUUUUGUCCCUAGUUUUUAUAUACCAAUAGUGAUCUUUAUUUGGGUUAUCAUAUAGAUACUGUCU